GUUGGCAUAUUUUAAACUAUAGUUGUACACACACUAUGCUAGUGGAUUAAGUGAAGCGAAAAAUAAUGUUUUGCGAAAAGAUAAGAUCUGAUUAGUCGUUGAUUUGUUAAUCCUAGUAUAGUUUGCUUAGUUGUGAGAUCUGUAUGCAUUAAUCGUAGUAAGGUUCAGAGUCGUUGAUGCAGUUCAUGACCGAUUUAAACCUCGCCCGAAUGUGUGGCGAUUAAACAUAUCCAUGAAGGAGUGUACUUUAUUAAUGAACUGGUCACUUGAUACUGAUUCUUCCUUUGAGAAAGCAUUAUUUUAGUCUAAAAGUACGUUUAGCUCCGUAUCAUUCCUCUUUAUAUCACACAAUUCUAAGUUGACCGACCAACUGUUCAUCAUAGAGGAAGAACGAUAUCAUGAAACAUCUCAGUUUUAGGAAGAUUUUGGGACCUCUUCAUCUCCAGUGGCUCAAACAGUUCAUAUCUAGUUGCUGUAAGACUAAGAAUACAUACAAGCAUUGGCGAAAUUAGGGAAACAAUAGAUCCAAGAUUCCCAGAGAAGUCCCAAAACGUUGUUCUUCUAUAUCAAGAGAUGAACUUGAGAAAGAAAUCGAACCCCACCGCAGGAAAAUUCACUGAUCUGCUAAUCAAAUGGAUGACCUAAAAGCAUUGCUUGAUGCAGAGCAGGAGAAAGUGACCAAGUUGAAAGCUCUUGUGGUAAAAGAGAGAAAAGUUAACACAAAAAUCAAAUCAGAAUUGGAAUAUCUGAAGUCACUGCAUACCAGGACUCAUCAAGAAAGUGGUGGAACCGUUGAAAAAUUUGAUAAAUCGUGUUGUACUUCUGAAUUUUCAAAUGAAUCUACUUGCAUGAAUGAGGCACUACCAUCAGAGCUUGUAAGUACAUCGGUAGAAAACGCUGUAUUUAAUGAACAUAAAAGGAAUUUGCGUGUGUCAACCAACGAUAUUGAUGAUAAGACGACUGAAUAUGUAACUAAAAUUCCUGUUUGUAUAAUUUCAGCCUCUUCUUGUGAGACGUCCUCUAAGGAUUCAUUGCAGAGUUCUGACAAACAUCUACAUGUACCCUGUUUAAAUGAAACAACUUUAGUUCCUGUUAACUGUCUAUGCGUUGCAACACAAGUAGACAACUUAAAUAAUUUUGAUGGUAAGGAUUCACCAUUGUUACAACAGUUUAACACUGCAUUACAGUCAUUAAAGCUCAACAAUAGAAGUAAUCUAUCAAAAGAUGAAUUAAAAUUGGUAUUUACUGAAUGUAACAGAUUAUUAGAAGAGAUCGAUCUCUGUUCAACUGAUAAUUAUCAUGUACCUUUUAAUCAUUCCUCAUCAGAAAGUGAAAUAGUAAAGCUUGAAAAUUUUUGUCGAACUCUACCAACAGAUUUAAAUCAAUAUUCUCACUCAUUAAAACAGUCUUUUACUAAGCAAAAAGAAGAACAAAAUCCUCGCCAUAACAAACUUUCAAAUGAAUUAAAACAUGUUCAUUCAAAUGAAAUGUGUGAUGAAGAAUUACAUAUUUUAGAGCAAAGAGUAAAUGAGUUAAAACGUAGUGUUGAAUAUGCUGAAUCUUCAUUUAAUCAACUUUCAAAUAAGCUUACUUCAGUUACUCAUAUAAAUGAAGUGUAUAAUGCUAAACUAUUACAAUUACAAACAAAAUAUAAUGAUAAUUCAUUGGAUAUUACACAAUCAUUUGUUAAGUUGAAAAGUUUAUUAUAUGAUUCUUUUUUAUUACCGUUGAUUAAAUACCAUCAAGAAGUAAACAACAAUAAACAAUGUAAUUUGAAUGUGGAUUAUUUUAUUUGUGAUAAUUUUCAAGAUGAUACUGUUAGUAAGGUUGCAAAGAGUUUAAGCGAUUUCCUUGAUGAAUUGAAACAAAUUAUUAAACACUAUUACACAUUCAAUAAUAAGUGUAUUACAUCGUCCAAUGCAUGCAUUUCGACUGACUAUAAUGAAACAAAUAUUGAACAAGAGAAACUUCUGUUGGAUAAAUUGAAAAGUACAGAAUCUGAAUUAAUUAAUGCGAAUGAAAAGAUUCUAAUCUCUGAGAAUCUAAUUUCAGAUCUAAAAAGUCAACUAAAAAAUUCUGAGGAAAAACUACAUCGUAUGAAAAAUCUUUUAGUUAAAGUUAAAUUAGAUGCAACUGAACAACAGAAGAAACUUUUAGAAUUCCAAAAAAGUCAAUCUGUAAAUGUUGAAAAUAAUCAAGAAUUGAAUCGUCUGACUGAAAAAUUAUCUAAUACUGAAAAGGAGAAAGAAAAUUUGGUGUGUAGUCUGACACAAUUGCGUAGUGAAUUAACUCAACAACAUGUCUUAUGCGAAAAUCUCCAAAAUGAUAAAUGUUUAGCACUGGAUCGACUCCAAAAGUUACAAAACGAAUAUAAUGCAUACAAAGUUAAGGCUCAACUUGCUCUAUGUAACGUACGCACUCUAACCAAUCAGGUGAACACAACAGAUACUAAUAAUAGUCCUAAUUGUGAAGGGGUGAAUACUAACCAAUCUGAUUUCGAAAGCAGAUCAUUUUAUUAUUCAAAUGAAUUAGAAUCUAUGAAACACAAUCUUUUUGACGUACAAAAUCGUAUGAAAGAGGCUGAAUUGCAUGCGUCCUUAGCACAAUCAGAAUGUGAUUUGUUAAAGAAAGAAUUGAUCGAAGUGAAAACAAGACACACUGAACUGUUAUGCCAAUCUCAAAAACAAAAGCAAUCCUUAGAGGACCAACUAAUGUCAAUAACUCAACAAUGUGAAAAUCGUCUUUCUGCUGAAUUUAAAGAACUAGAACAAAAGUAUACUAAUCAACUACGUCAUUAUGAAGAACGACUUAUGCUGCAAACUCAAAAAUAUGAAAGUGAAUUGCGUCAAGAAAGAGAAUUAUGGGAGACAAAAUUAGCCAGUAUCAUUCACACAAACCAUUCACCCACUCAAAACUCGUACAGGUACGAACAGGCCUAUGGUCAUCGACGGAAUUUCUCAAUACCUGAUAAUUUGAAUCCUUUAAGCGCAAACUCUCACCAUAAAAGAGUUCAAGGAGAUGGAGCCGAUAAUUCCAUGAUUUCCCCCGUGGAAUCUGAUACGGAAUCGGAUCAUGCAGUUAGGAAUUGCUCUCUAAGUCACAGUGGCAGUGAGCAUUAUUCAUUGGCAGAUGAAGAAAACUAUAAGAAGUCUGUACAUCGAAUCACCAUACCUACUUUGGAACAACUUCUUAAUCAUCCCAAUCAAUAUUCACCAUCUGAAAAUAUGUCAUCUCAGCAUUCUGUUAAAUCAUUUCAAGAAGUUCGUAAUGUUCAACCUAAUCAGUUAGCUGGUUUACAGUCUGCUUUAACCAAUCAACAACGUCGAGUUGAAUAUCUUUCUGAAUUGUUAAGUGAAAGUGAAACAAAUGUAACUCGUUUAUUUGAGCAAAACAAAGUGUUAAAAGAAGAAAUUCGACGUCUUGAAAAUAAUUCCAAUCCAACAUUAAAAGUACAAUGUACAGAAAAUCAAGAUAUCUUGGAAUUGAACAACUCUCUUCAUAGUAACACUAGUAUACUUGUUGAACAUUUGAAAGACAUCUUACUGAAAGUUAUAACACUACCCAAACAAUCUUCAGAACGUAAUCAUCUCAUGCGUGCGUUGGCUACAUUUCUUUCUUUGAAAUCAGACGAGUUUAAAUUAUUAGAAGAGGGUUUAAAUCACAGUGUUACUUGUUCUACAUCUAAUCAGCAACAAAAUCUCUCUUCCAAUUGGAGUAGUUAUAUCUCUGCAGUUUGGCGUCAGUAAAGAACAAUAUUUAAGAAGGAAAGCGUGCAAUACUGCUUUCAAAAUAACCUUCUGUGAUAAAUGUGUAUUCUUAGUGACAAAUUUUUAAUUUACUGGUUGUGUAAUAUCUCCCUAUCAGGAAAAUACUUAAAGAUCAAAUCAACUCCGAAUAUUUAAUCUAUGAUUUUGUAAUUGUGAUCAUUAUAGCAUUCUUGUUGUUAUAUCACAUCACUUUGAUUAACUCUGUUUGGUUAUUUUUUAAAGUUAAAAGCAGUUAGUGUGAUACAUUCUCUAUUUAUCUAAACUAUUUUUCAUAUGUAUGCAUUAUUAUCUUAACACUUUGAGAAAUGAGAAGUGUUUUCUUCACUUUCACUCUUAAAAAUUGGUUUUUUCAAAAGUUGUGGAGCAUAAAUUCCUUAACGAAAAUAUAAUUGCAUUAUGUUACACGAAAUAUAUCUUACUCAAUUCACAUUCGGCACUUAAUUUUUAGGAUAACUGACAAAAAAUACCUUCACAGUGUCUCUGCAUAACAAAAUCUUAAACGUAACAAGUAUUUCCCUUUAUAUUCUCCAAUUGUGGUAAUUGACUUUUUACUCUAAUACGAGUGAAGUUAGAGUACGAUGUUUUACGUUAAUGAGUUGUAGUUUGGAUGAGUUCUACUAACAAAUAAAUGGUCUUCUCAAUAAAGUGCUUCAAGUCAAUAUUUGUAGUGCUAACCGCAGAUUUAAAUUUGCAGGUCGGGCACCUAACUACGGGAAAGUAGCUUGCGUGGUCAACGAGUGCUUGAUGUUCACAGGUCAGAUAACGGUGACCCUCUCCUGGUCGGACUACACUCUGUUUGCGGCUGAGACCAUCUCCUUGUGUAAUCACCCUCAAUGUGCUGUCUAGCGUCCUGUUAGCAACUCAGGCCGAAAUUCAGAAUGAUCUCACCAGGUUCGCCUACCUCUGGGUUAGUUGUGUACGAAACCGUCAAUCUUUUUGGAAUAACUAUCCGGAACUGGAUCAUGCUCCGGUUUGCACCAAGCUUAACCUGGACUUUAGUGCCCAGCAAACGUCUGGUCUUGAACUGACUGAUACCAGUAAAUUGACUGUAACUUCUGUUACAACCGGAUAUCAGUGUAAGGUUCAAGACUAGCAGUCAGUUCGCGGAAGAGUAUGGAUAAGCAUUGUGCGUCUUCAUAAAGCCAAGUCGCUUACAGUUCAAAAAACGCGUUCAUAAGUCCUAGGUUUUUGCAAGCUCGCCCAUCCACUCCGACGAACCUACAGUUUGAUGACACGCAGAUUUCUACGUGACGGAACUUUAUGAAGUUGGCGAACAGCCGAGAAACCGGGUAGUGUAAGCGUGCUAACAGCUUCGAAGCAGCAACUGCAUUUGUUACUGUACGGAGUUGUUUGAGCUCACUCGAACAAUCGGCAACAAGUCUGGUGUGAAACAAUUUGUGAAGUUACUGGGAGUGUUGCACCUACGAGAAGCGUCAAUCAGACUAUCCUUCCUGGUCGAUGACUGCUGAUCCACUUAGUAAGUCGGAAAUUAGUCAGGAACCUUAACUACUGAAGCCCCACGAGUUACCAGGUCCAUGCAAUCUUAUUUUGGUUCUUUUUAAGGAUAGUAGUAGAAUUAUAUUCAAGUAACUGACUGGAUUGUUUCGAAAGAUUUAGGAAUCGGAGUAUUCUGAUCACCCUGAAUAUAAUAAUCUAUAACCUGUCAAAGUUGGCGAUCCUAAUUUGCGUUAUCAUUCGAAAAACGUGCGAAUUUAGCGUAGUAAAUUUGAAAGUACCAUCCCCAGUAGUCCAGGAUUAUAAGAAUAGGUCCCAUUGGUUCAGUUUGAAAAACGACAAGAAGGCUAAGAUACCUAUUCAGAAAAAUACAUAUCACUUUUAUGCAUAUUAACUGUCAGCUAUGUACUUAGUUAUGCAGGUAAACUCAGUUCAACGUGUGUGGCCUGAUUUCGUUUGACUACUAGGUAGAAAUUACUAUAACCUCAUUAAGUCUGUUACUAAUUUGUCGCAUUUUCCACUACCGGUUGAUGUCUGUUCCGCCUUUUUUCGAAAUGACUAUAAUCAUUUGCUAAUAUUGUAUAAAUUUUACUAAAGCUUCACAUAGAUUGGCUCAACAUUAGUACGAGAAGUGCCCGAAUAAACUGUCUGUAAUCAAAAUAAAUCGUACAGCAGCCACUUAAAGAUUGAAUGUUCAUUGUAGCCUAGUGUAUUAGGGAAAUAUGGAACGACAAAUCAGUGGCCUGACCACCUUAUGUACUUUACUCAAAUAUACUUGCCUACGCCUGUUACCACUAGUGGAGCAUAGGUUGCUCACCAGCAUUAUCCAUAGAACUCUGUCCUGGACAGUCCUUUCCAGUUGCUAUUUAUUCUUUUGACGUUUGCCUCGAAUUUUGGUACAACAUUGUCUUUGGUCUUUGUUGGGAUAUUCAGGAAAAUAUCCCAAAAAUUAUCCUGUUAAGCCUAAUGCUACCCUUGGACAUAAAAUGGUAUCAUCUUAUUGGUCAAUAUUUAUUUAACGUGUUACUUUCCUACUGGCCAUUAUUGUACAAUGUUAUCUUCUAUUUUGUGGUACGUUGUGGACUGAUUGACUGGUAUAUAAACAAAGUAUGUUUGAAAUAUAAUGAUUCAUAUAUCCGA